AUGUCGGGAUAUUCGUUUUCUAUUGUAACAUACGACCGUGGGGAACGGUGGGAGGACCCAACCAAGAAGAAGCCCUAUCACUGGGCCUUUUUCCUCCAAACCGCCUCUACCCCAGAUGUUGGACAUGCGUUUCAGCUUCGCGGGAUGCCAGGGGCUUUCUACUACUCCGGUGAAGAAAGCGUGGAUCUCUCAAGAUCUGGCAGUAAAAAUGGCCAGCUUGAAGUCGGCUUCGUCCCCGUGGAGAAGUACACUCGCUUCAAGCAACUCUUGGAAGCUGUGCCGAUUGACAAUGUUGAGUCUUCGGGAUGGAAUUGCCAGAGCUGGAGCCUCAACGCCUUGGAUUGGCUUCGAGCAGAAGGAUACCCUAACAACGUGAUUCAGUACUGGCUUAGAGAGGACCAGUAG